CUCUCUCUCUCUCUGUUAUUCUCCUUCUCCUUUCUCCUCCUCUAUUCUCCUCUUCUCCCCCAAUUCCUCAAAAGUCGGUCACGACUUCGGUCCCUGCAGUCUAUUGGUGUUACUUGUUAUGAAGAUCUACUAUUCUUGUUAGACGAGUUGCAACUAUGAACUUUCUGAGCAAUGUGUAGCUGUUGUCAGUUGCAAAAUUCCGUCUUUCUGCUGAUUUCAGGCUUCCAAAAUCAUGGCGAAACUUGGAACCAUUGGUCGCAGUGGUCUUCUUAGAAAACCAAAUGAAAGUAUGAGGCUUGUUAUGACGACAGUCGUUGGAGUUGUAUUUGGCUUUUUUAUUGGAAUUUCCUUUCCUACGGUUAGCAUUACAAAGCUUCACUUCCCAUCUAGCAUUAUUUCGUACAUUGAAGAUAGGAAUUCAGGUGUGACGACUCAAGCAUUGUUGAAUCAUGCUUGGACAUCUGCUAAAAAUCAGAGGGCAAACAGUUCUGGAUUAGAUUCGAGUGAUUCUUUAAAGAUUUAUGUUCCAACAAAUCCUAAGGGUGCAGAAAGGUUACCACCGGGAAUUGUGGUAUCGGAGUCCGAUUUUUAUCAGCGCAGAUUGUGGGGAGACCCAAGUGAGGACUUGCCCUUCAAGCAAAAGUACCUGGUGACGUUCACAGUUGGAUAUGAUCAGAAAAAUAAUAUUAAUGCAGCAGUCCAGAAGUUUUCUGAAAAUUUCACCAUCCUGUUAUUCCAUUAUGAUGGCCGGACUAGUGAGUGGGAUGAAUUUGAGUGGUCAAAGCGGGCCAUCCAUGUGAGCGUCCGUAAACAAACAAAAUGGUGGUACGCUAAACGAUUUUUGCACCCUGACAUUGUGGCUCCCUACGAUUACAUAUUUAUCUGGGAUGAAGACCUCGGAGUUGAGCAUUUCAAUGCCGAAGAGUACAUUAAGUUGGUGAAGAAGCAUGGGUUGGAGAUCUCACAGCCUGGUUUAGAGCCAAACAGAGGGUUAACAUGGCAAAUGACCAAAAGAAGAGGGGACCGCGAAGUCCACAAAGAAACUGAGGAGAGGCCAGGAUGGUGCUCUGAUCCUCAUCUCCCACCAUGUGCUGCCUUUGUCGAGAUAAUGGCGACGGUCUUUUCCAGAGAUGCGUGGAGAUGUGUGUGGCAUAUGAUUCAGAACGAUUUGGUUCAUGGAUGGGGUCUCGACUUUGCUCUUAGGAGAUGUGUGGAGCCUGCUCACGAGAAGAUAGGAGUCGUCGAUUCUCAGUGGAUUGUCCAUCAGGUGGUUCCUUCUCUCGGGAACCAGGGCAAAGCGGAGAACGGAAAAGCUCCGUGGGAAGGGGUGCGGGAGCGGUGCCGCAAAGAGUGGGGGAUGUUCCAAACGAGAAUGGCCGACGCCGAGAAGGCGUAUUACAAGAAGAUGGGGAUCACCCCCCCGAAUACUACAGUUGUCUAGAUUACCUUCUUUUUCAUUAUUUUCUUUCUUUCUUUUUUCUUCUUUGGAUGUGUGUUAGUUAGAGAUCCUUAUAUGGUUACUGCAUUAUGUAGAGAGGAGCUGAGACAUUUUCCUUAUUAUUAUCUUUUCUUUCUCUAAUUCUUUUUUAGUUUACAUUAUCAUGCUUAUAACCACUCUAAUACCAUGAAAGUUUUAGAACCGAGAUAUUUCGAUA